CUCUUCUCUCUCACUCCAUCGCCGCCCCAUCAGAGAGAAAGAGAGCGGGUGAGAGAUGGAGUCCGGUGAGCCGCUUCUCGCCGGCGAGUCCUCCGGAGCACUGAUCGGCAUGGUGGACUACCGUGGGAGGCAGAUCAUCUCCAGAUCUCGCACCGGCGGGUGGACUUCAGCCCUUUUCAUCAUCGGGGUUGAGGUAGCUGAGAGGUUUGCGUACUAUGGGAUCUCAUCGAAUCUCAUCACUUACCUCACCGGCCCUCUCCAGGAGUCCACGGCUUCGGCGGCGGUGGCGGUGAACACUUGGUCUGGUGUGGCGUCGAUGCUUCCGCUCCUUGGUGCCUUCGUCGCCGAUUCGUAUCUCGGCCGCUACCGGACCAUUGUGAUUUCGUCCCUGCUCUAUGUCCUGGGCCUGGGUCUUCUGACACUGUCCUCCAUGUUGCCUUCCCUCAGCCCUCACAAGUGCAGCACUUCCAUUGGUCCAACAGUUUGUCCUCCGACCCAAUUCCAAGUCAUUGCAUUCUUUGUCUCACUAUACCUCGUUGCAUUCGCUCAAGGAGGCCAUAAGCCAUGCACUCAAGCGUUUGGAGGUGAUCAGUUUGACCAAAAUGAUCCUGAAGAAAACAAGUCCAAGAGCUCCUUCUUCAACUGGUGGUACUUUGGGCUGUGCUUUGGGACUUUUAUCACACUCUGGAUCUUGAACUUUGUUCAGGAUAACAUUGGCUGGGGCCUUGGCUUUGGAAUCCCAUGCAUUGCCAUGAUGCUUGCUCUCGUUGUCUUCUUGCUCGGUACCACCACUUAUCGUUACUAUGUAUUACAAGAUACCAGCCCCUUUGUUCAGGUCUACAAAGCUUUUGUGACAAUGAUAAAGAGCCAUGGAACUCCACAUCCGUAUUCAUCAGCUGAUGCACCAAAGGUUGAUAAUAGUAUAGAGGGAGCCAAGGGAGUAAUCAGGUUAUUUCCUAUUUGGGCUACUUGCUUAAUAUAUGCAAUUGUGUUUUCCCAAUCAUCAACACUUUUCACCAAGCAAGGAAGCACCAUGGAACGCAGUAUAGGUCCGAACAUCCAAAUUCCACCGGCCACACUGCAGAGCUUCAUCAGUUUGUCCAUUGUCAUGUUCAUUCCGAUCUACGAUAGGAUACUUGUUCCAAUAACUAGAAAAUUCUCCGGCAUUCCCUCAGGCAUCAGCAUGCUUCAGAGGAUAGGUACAGGGAUGGUCCUCUCCAUUCUCUCAAUGGUGAUCGCGGCACUGGUUGAGAUGAAGAGGCUCCAAACUGCCAAAGAUUACGGUCUGGUUGAUAAGCCUCAAGCAACCAUACCGAUGAGUUUGUGGUGGUUGGUUCCUCAGUAUGUUUUGUAUGGAAUUGCAGAUGUUUUCACAAUGGUUGGUUUGCAGGAGUUCUUUUAUGAUCAAGUGCCGGAUUCACUGAGGAGCCUUGGGCUUGCUCUCUAUUUGAGCAUCUUUGGCAUUGGGAGCUUUAUAAGUGGAUUUCUAAUUUCAGUUAUUAAUGAAGUAACUGGUAAGGAUGGGCAUAGCUGGUUCUCUAACAAUUUAAACCGUGCACAUUUGGAUUACUUUUAUUGGCUUCUUGCUGGGUUAAGCGCUCUGCAGUUUGUCAUCUACUUAUGCUGUGCUAAAUGCUAUGUUUACAAAAAGCAGAAAUGAUUGUGUUGUAGAAAUGAUUAUGUUGUGUCAUGUGUACCAUUUGGAACGUUGAUGUUUGUAUUGUAUUGAUAUGAAAGCAUUCUUGUAAAAUUCAAUUAUCAAGUGAAUUUUUCAAGUUUAAUUUCUUA